AGUAUCCCACUGAUCUUAUCCGAACGAGAGGCUUGGGUUUGAGGUUGCCUGCUUCAUCUCGUGCUCGUCGAUCUGGCCCGUCGGAGCUGAGGAGCCGUCGCUCCCACCAGCCGGGUCUCCAGAGCUGUCGCUCGCCCCGCCCACCGGCCCCUCGAGCGGCACCUCGCAUUGGCGCGCUGACCCGGAGCCACCGCUGGCCUCGCCGGCCAGAGCUGCAGCUAGCCACCGGCCGCCUGCCAACAGAUCCGCCUUGCCACGCCGGCCACUAGAGCCGCCGCUCGUCCAGCCGUGCGACCGUCACUGAGGCCACCUCUACUGCGCGGGCUUGCUGGUUGCUGCCCCUAACUCAUCAAUGCGCAUUUGCAACAGAUCACUGUGAAAUGAUUGGGAUUUAUCUUACACACGUGCUACGCUCAAUUUAAACCUCACUUGCGGGCAUCCACAUCACCAGGCAUUUCAGAAGGAAGGCUAUAUGCAGGCUUCUAACUUUCAGUUACGCUCAUCAGGGUCUCCUUGGUUAGAGCCAUGGCUGGCAUCCGCUGGGUUCCGGGUCGCAACACAUAGUGGUUACUUUUCGGGCGAGUUGGGGGGGCUAGGACUAUCCAGGUUGAAAUGUAGAUUACAGUGCUCUCAGCUGUGGCAGUCUACAAGUUUACUUCAUAAUCAGAAAGAGAAGGACAGAUAUUCUUGUAUUGAUCAGUCAACAUCGUAUCUGCAUGUACAAUCUCUCAGGAACUUUCCGACUGAAAAACUUCGUGGAGAAGUGGUUGUGGUGCGUCUUGAUUCUGCACUUCUUUUGGGACAUUCAAGAACAUGCACUUUCGCACGUGAAAGAGCAUUGCUAACUAUCAAAUACUUGUACAAAGCAAGAGCAAAAGUGGUUAUAGUCACCAGCUGGGAUACAGUUCUUCAAUCCGAUAAUCCAGAGAUUAAAUCAAUUGACUCUUUUGCAGAUUAUUUGUCAUCACUUCUUCAAUUACAAGUCAUCCCAGUAGAUGGUGCACCUGGUUUAACAUCAUUUAAGAAGGAAAAGUGGGUGCAGAACAACAUUAUUUUGUUUGAAAAUCUUCUGAGCUUCAGAGGAGAAGUUGCUAAUUGCAAUGAUUUUUCUCAGAAGCUAGCUUCAGGUGCCACAAUAUUUGUCAAUGAUUCUUUCUCACUGUCUCAUAAGAUUCUUGCAUCAACUGUUGGCAUCACCUGCUUCUGCUAUGCAUCUCUUGCUGGUUUCCAUUUUGAGGAGGAGCUUAAGCGAUUGAUAAAGAUCACGGACACCACGAGGCGCCCAUAUAUUGCAAUUAUUGGAGGCAGUAACUUCUUGAGAAAGGCACCUGCUCUUCGGAUGUUAAUCUCUCUAUGUGAUGGGUUGUUCUUUGUUGGAAAAUUAUCAUUUCAAAUAAUGAAUGGCCUUGGAAUGUCAGUGCCCUCUCAAUUCAUUGAAAGAAAUGCAAUCAUGGAAGUACUACAGAUUAUACAAGUUGCUAGGGAUAGGAAUGUUCCUAUUUAUUAUCCAACAGAUCUCGGGUGCUUGAACAAUAACGAUAGUGGAACAUUGGGAGUAAUUAACUCUACUGGACAAUUGGAUGGCUGGACACCAGCUGAUAUAGGACCAUCAACAUUGGAGAAAUUGUCUUCUAUAAUACCAUUAUAUAAGAAGAUAUUAUGGAUUGGACCUACAAACUACGAUUUAGCAGAAGAAUUCUCAGACGGAGCAACACAGUUGGGUCAAAUACUGGAAAAGGCAAGCUUUGAUAGCUGUGAAGUUAUUGUAGUAGGGAAUGCAGCAUGCAACACAUUAAGACAGAAUGUGGAUUCCUCAUCUCGAUAUAUAGAAUUUCGAAAUGCCACUGUCGUAUGGGAAUUCCUCAAAGGAAGAAUAUUGCCUGGCAUAGCAGCAUUGGAUAAACAUUACCCCUACCGGAUUCCAUGGAGCUCUGUCUUCUGUGAUCCUACACUACCCUUAGUGGUUGAUAUUGGAAGUGGAAAUGGUUUGUUUCUUUUUCAAAUGGCUAAAAGUUAUGAAAGUUCAAACUUCCUUGGGCUUGAGAUGAACGAAAAGCUUGUUAUAAGGUGUCUCGAGGGUAUGGCUUCAGAUGAGAAAAGGAACCUAUAUUUUGUAUCAACGAAUGCAACAUCCACAUUCCAUUCCAUAGUUUCAAGUUAUCCUGGACGGUUGACUCUUGUCACAGUACAGUGCCCGAUUCCUGACUUCAACAAAGAGCAAAAUAGGUGGAGGAUGGUGCGAAGAAUGCUCGUUGAAGCUAUCACCGAUCUUCUUCGUACCAAUGGCCAGAUACUGCAAUUACCACUUCAGGUUUAUCUGCAGUCUGAUGUGGAAUCUGUUCUGGUCGGAAUGAAAGGGCAGUUCCUCUCCUACAGCAAGGGCCAGCUUGUCGUGGACGGCGAUGACGGUGGCCACCGGAUGGAGAACCCGUUCGGCGUGGUGUCCAACUGGGAGCGGCAUGUCCUCGCUCGUGGAGCUCCCAUGUACAGAAUGCUAAGGAAAGUGUGAUCCCAUCGUCUGUCUCUGAACUCUGAGCAUUGCAUUUGUUUUUGCCACCAUGGCUGCUUCAAACAUGGAAACCGUUACCGAACAAUGUUCACGGCCAGAACGGCAAGUCAAUUGGGUCCACUCCAACAAAUCCUCGACAAA